AUGGAACCACUCAAGAUUGAAAAGAAACCAGUGAUCAAAGAGGAGGCAAGCAGCCCCACAUUUGACCCAGUUGUUGCAGGUGAGUGUGACCGGUUCAUUGCUUCUGGUGGAUUGAUCCCAAUUCAGGAACGAUUGGAUAAGCUGGAUGAUCAUGAAGCUCGUCAACGAAUUGAGGGGUUCAGGUCCAAUCCCAGCUUACCAUCGUUUGUGGCCUACAUCCGGGACACUGAAAAAAGAUGUACUGGCGUGAAAGCUCAGUAUGAGUUUGGAUCCACGGAUGACUUGCAAGUUGAACUUACAGGCUUUGAAGCAUGGCUUCAUGCAGAAAACAUGGUUAACAAGUCAUUGACCCCUGCAAAGAUUCCCGAGAAAAAAAGCAGUCCUUUAAGUGUGGUGAAGGCAGUUUUGACCCGUGCGACCACUGUUGACUUGACCCCGACUCCACCAACGGCAUGUUUGACGUCACCGACUUCAUCUGUUCCCAAGACAUCUUCCAGACCAGCGGAAGUUGCAGCUCGAGCACUGCGGGCAAAAAAAGCAAAGUGGCAUCGAUCCAUGAAAAGUCCAACCCGAGACUUGGAUGGAUGGGACAACCUCUUCAACAUGUUCGUGGAGUGUGGUGAAGACUGGACGAAGUGCGACCUGGAUCUCAUGGAGAAGUACAAGGACGAGCUCAAAGUUACUGACCUCAUCACCAGGAAGACCGCUGCCAAACAGUAUGAAGACAAUCCAGACUUUCCCGAUCAGGAGGAACUUCGGUUGUAUUGGUGUUGGAAAGCUACCACGGAGACUGAUCGCAAUGCCCGGUUGAAUGAAGUUGGAACUUCCAGCACUGGCCAAGUGGACACCAAUACAGCCAAGUCGAAACCUUUGACAGCCCCGGCCCCGACGGGGCAUUUGCAAGGUGCAGGGACCCCGUCCGCUGGGCAACGUGAGCCACCCAACAAAGGUGGAGGAAAGGGUGGUGGAGGAAAAAGCGGUGGAGGAAAGGGCGGCCCCAAGGCGAAAGCAGCCCCGAAGGCAAAGACAGCUGUUCAGGAAGCAACGAAAGCAGUGAAAGCUUCCGGGGAGAUGAUCCUUGAGUGCAAAUCGUGGCGCGCAAAGCUUCAGGCUGCUGGGCCUCAGCAUAUGGUGGAUGCAAUGGUGCUGGACACAUCUUCUCACCUAGAUAAACUUGAGACUGAUCGCUCUGCACUGGAAAGUGCGUUGGCUGAUGGUAAGGAUGAUGACACUGUUUCGUUGGCAACCCAAAAGCUUUGCCAAACCACAAAGGAUUACAAGGCUGCGGCUGCCCAUGUCAAAAGGGCCAGUGCUAAGCCUAAGCCCAAACAGAAGAAGCUCACGGAGUCAGAGGCCAAGGAGCCUCCUCACGGUGGUGCAGCUUGA